AUGGCCUUCAAACCAAAAGAAAGUGCGAUGAUUGCCACGGCUCAUGAGUUAGACUCACCAAGCAUAUCGAAUGCAAACGAUAUCGCCUCUUCGUCAGAGCGCAACCUCGUAAGCAGCUACGAUACGACCAUGCUAUUCCUGUACUCACGGUCAAAGAGCAUCACACGAGACAGAACAGCAUCAAAAGAGCCGAUCAAGCCUCCACCCUAUGUAUUAGCGGCUUUUAUCGCACUGAGUCUUUCCAUCUUCCUAGUAGCACUCGACACUGUGCUCAUGCAAACAGCUCUACCCACAAUUUCCCAGUCUUUUCAUAUCCCUGACUCCUUAUAUGUCUGGACUGGGUCUUCCUACCUUCUUGCGAAUGCUUCCUCAGUCCCUCUCUGGGGCAAGCUUUCAGACAUCUUCGGUAGGAAGCCGGUCAUCCUAGCAGCCAAUGCCAUAUUCCUUGGCGGGAGUAUUUUAUGCGCCGUCAGUGUGAAUGCUCCCAUGCUCAUCUCUGGUCGAGUGGUCCAAGGCCUGGGUGGUGGUGGCGUCGUGGUUCUAGUCCAUGUAUGCGUCAGUGACUUGUUCACUAUCCGGGAUCGAUCCUUUUACAUGGGUACCGUUGGCGCUGUCUGGGCUCUCGCAUCCGCGCUUGGCCCAGUACUCGGUGGCAUCUUCGCACAACAUCUUCAUUGGACGUGGUGCUUUUACAUCAACAUACCAAUCAUCUCGCUAGCGAUCGUCAUUCUAUACUUCACGCUGCAUCUUCACAAUCCACGAAUACCUCUGAUGGCGGGACUAGCAGCCAUGGAUUGGCUCGGUACUGUUACGAUCAUUACGGCUACUAUACUGCUGCUUGUUGGUCUCCAAAUAGGUGGCGUCAGCUCGUAUGCGGAUCCGGUGGUCAUUACGUGCUUGGUGUUUGGGUCGAUCGCGUACAUCGCCUUUCCUUUCUCGCAAUGGUGGGUGAAUCAUUGUGGCAGAAGCCCCAUCAUGCCAUUACGCAUCUUCAAAGACGUCAGCAACCUAAGCGCGCUAGCUGUCUGCGCAUGCGACACCCUAGUCUUUACUUCGGUAGCUUGCUUCCUACCUCUUUACUUCCAGAUCGUCCUUGGUCGCAGCCCUAGUAUCACAGGAGUGUACAUGCUCGCUAUCGCGAUACCGUUGGCGAUAGUUUCAUUCACGUCGGGUCAUAUCAUAGAGAAGACUGGUCGUUUCCUCGAAGUGCUUCAAGCGGGGCUCCUUGUUAUGACACUCGGUGUCGGCCUCCUCAUCUCGCUAGGCACUUCUCCGAAUCUUGGAACGAUCAUUACAUCGCUGAUCGUUAUUGGCAUAGGUUUUGGCCCUAACUUUAGUGCACCGCUUAUCGCCCUGCAAACAAACAUCGAAGAAUCCGACAUCGCGACCGGUACUGCAGCUUUUGGCUUUGUACGCACCAUCUCGGGUGCUAUUGGUGUUGUCAUUGGCCAAGUAGUAUUCCAACUCCUCAUGGCGCCACACUUCCGACAAUUCAUUGACAGCGGCAUCGCGGAAGACAUCGCUCUUGGGCUCACUGAGGGCGAAGCUGUAUCUCAAGGCUUCGCUAUUACUGCGGUGACUGGGAUUCAAAGGGAUGUAGUCCGCCAUGUUUUCAUGAUUGCGCUGAGAGGGAUGUGGAUUCUCUACUCGAUAGUAGGCACCAUGGGUCUUCUAAUCUCUUUUGGUAUCAAAAGAACGAGGUUGCAUCGGGAGUCGGUCACUGAGCAUAACAAGAUGACGGGUGCACCAAGCGACGAAGCAAUGGGUAUCAACUCACGUGCACACAGUUAG